GUUCCACUUUCGUUCAGUCUCUCAUAUAAUCACCGCGACUCUGCAUUGCGACCGCGAUCUGCAACAAUCGCAGCUUUGGGAUCCUGGGAGCCGCUGUGAUUGAGAUACAGCGGCGGAUCCGAUGCGGUCCCGGUCUCUCAGACGGCUAAGACUUAAGUAGAGUGGUCAUGACACGACCCUUUGAUCAUCACCCCUCCACACCACAGGUCCAUCGCAGACUGCGUCACCGUCCAGCAGGGACGCAAGAUUUAUCGGCGACCCGUAGUAUCGGGGACCAUGCUGCGCUGCGCAAACUGAACGCAAGACCUCACUUAAACAUCCUGCACUUCGCGCGGGGUGGGCCCGCUGGCAUCCUUUCUCCUUCGUUUACCAAGCGACCCACAACCGGCUUCUCUCCCCGCUGACUACUUGCGCUCCAACUGCAUCAUGGCGGACGUCGAAAAACAACAGCCUCUUUCGGAAUCGAUGUCCUCGAGCGAAUCGGAGCUCCAGCGGCAGGAGGCUGGCCUGUGGUCGCGCUUAGGCUACUACAAUCAGCGCCUCGAGACUGCCAUGGGGAUCGAAGCUCGUGGCAUCGAGCGCGUGCCGGAUGAUGAGCGGCCGGACAGGCGCCUCUGGGGCAAUCUGACCGUGUGGCUAUCGGCGAACUGCGUCCUUCCCACCUUUGGCGUCGGCAUCCUCGGCCCUCUCACUUUUCGCAUGCACCUCGGCGAUAGCAUGCUCACGAUCUUCUUUUUCGUCGUCUUCGCCGCAAUGCUUCCGGCCUUCUGCAGUACAUUUGGGCCGCGUCUUGGUCUGCGGCAGAUGACCUCCUCCCGCUACUCGUGGGGAUACUGGGGGAGCAAGGGCGUCGCAUUCCUGAACUGCAUCGCGUGCGUCGGCUGGUCCACGGCCAACACCAUCGCUGGUGCUCAGGCACUGUGCGCUGUGGGCGAGUGGCGCUUCUCCGCCGCAGUCGGCACUGUCAUCAUCGCGAUAGGCACGCUCAUCGUCGGUAUGUUUGGAUACCGGCACGUACAUAUGUACGAGCAGUUUGCCUGGGUUCCGACCGCCAUCACAUUCUUUGUCAUCAUCGGUGUCGCUGCUAAGCACCUCGUCAAUGAACCGAUGGCGUUUGGGCGCGCCGAAGCCGCGAGCGUUCUAUCCUUCGGCGGCGUUAUCUGGGGCUUCAACAUCGGCUGGGUAUCCCUCGCCUCCGACUACAACGUAUACAUGCCGUCGGACGCACCUAGUUGGCAAGUCUUCAUGUGGACAUACCUCGGCAUCGCGGUGCCUUGUGUGCUGGUUAUGUGGCUCGCCGCGGCCAUUGCUGCCGCAGCCCUGGCCGGCGCUGACCCGACAAAUGCAGGUACAGCGAUCGCAGGGUGGUACGCACGAUAUGAGGAACACGAACUCGGCGGCCUUCUGUACGAGGUGAUGGUGCGGCCCAUGGGUGGCGGCGGCAAGUUUUUCAUGGUGCUCCUUGUCCUCUCGGUCGUUGCAAAUAACAUCAUCAACGUCUACUCGAUGGGCAUGAGCAUUUCAGUAAUCACACGAUAUCUCCAGGUCGUGCCGCGGCUCAUCUGGCCACUCGUCAUCACCGGCAUCUACAUUCCGCUCGCGAUUGUUGGUGCCAACGCGUUCGCCGACACGCUGGAGUACUUUUUGGGGGUAUUGGGUUAUUGGCUCGCGAUCUUCGUCACCGUUGUUAUCGAGGAACAUUUCAUUUUCCAACGCGGCAAGUUCGCCAACUACCACGCCGAGGAGACGUGGAACGACCGCACCAGGUUGCCGUGGGGUCUGGGCGCACUGGGUGCUUUUGGGUUUGGCGUGGCUGGCGCAGUCGUUGGCAUGAGCCAGGUGUGGUACACUGGCCCACUGGGUGCUAAGGUUGGCGGAGCACAGGGCGGGGAUAUCGGCUUCGAGCUAGCGUCGGGGUUCACCGCGGUCAUGUACCCCCUCUUCCGCACGCUGGAGAUCCGGCUUCUUGGGCGGUAGGUUGGUCUUCAAGUUGAUAGGAAUCUGAGGCUGUAUCACAUAUCAUAUUGGAGCAUGGCAGGGUUGUAAUUCGACGACUGACGGGAACGAGG